AUGAAGGCAAAAGUUUUGGAUAUUCAGGGAAAAGAACCAUGUUGGGCGAUUGGAACUGUUUACUGCGAGUUGAAGUACAAGCCCAACAUCUUGGAAGAGGUAAUAAAUGACGUCUAUCGAGCUCCCGAUCUAACCAAAAGCUACACUGAUCCUGAAGGCAGUGACGAAAUAAUGUUGGAAGAUGAGAGUGGGCGGGUUUUGUUAGUUGGUGAGAACAUUAGAGCUACUCCCUUCAUAACAGGUGCAGUCAUCGGCGUACUGGGUAUGGAAGCCGACGCUGGAACUUUCCAGGUACUUGACAUUUGCUAUCCGAUACCUAUACCUCAAAAACCUUUGAGUCUUAGCCCAGGGCGCAGUGCGGUAGCGGGAAAUAAGAAGAUCGCAGUUGUUUCUGGUCUUAACAUUAGCACAACUUCUCCGCGUCGUUUACUGAAAUUACAGUUAUUACAAGAAUAUCUCACUGGCAAUCUAUGCUCACCCGAACUGAUCUCAAACAUCGGUAAAUUGCUUGUAUGCGGAGAUUCCUUGUCGUUCAAGUUCGACACCAGCUCAAGCGGUGAGCUUGUGAAUUGUCUGAGUACAUUAGGAAAUUUCUUGAGUAAUGUGACCCAAUCAAUCCCCGUGGCUUUGAUGCCAGGUGCAAAAGAUCCUAGUAAUAGAUCUUUACCCCAGAAACCGCUUCAUAAGGCGCUAUUUAGCCAAACUCUUGGAGCCCAUCUCGAAGAGGUGAACCGAGAUGUUCUCAAGCUGGUUACAAAUCCUUAUUAUUUCCAUAUAGAGGGUCUGGAGAUACUUGCAACGGCAGGCCAGAGUAUCAAUGAUAUUUGCAAGUAUUUGAUACCUAAUCAAGGCAGCUCACAAGAGGAAGAUACGAUCGAACACAGGUUGGAUCUCAUGGAGUGUACAAUGAAGUGGCAGAACAUAGCACCGACAGUACCUGAUACGCUAUGGGCCUAUCCCUUUCCAAGCUCGGAUCCUUUUCUGCUAGACGAAUGGCCUCAUGUGUACAUUGUGGGUAAUCAACCAGGCUAUGGAUUCAGAGAUUUAGAUGUGCACGGAAGGAAAAUAAAACUGAUAUCUAUUCCCGUAUUCAGCUCGACCGGUGAUGUGGUUUUACUAGAUCUGACGACCUUGGAAACCGAAGUAAUCAAUAUAGGAGCAUAA